GUGCGUCCGUCCGGCUGAAGGGAUGCUGUCCUGGGCGGAGCGGCUGUGCGCAGACCUCCUCCGUCCCUCGUGCUGAGCGGGAUUUCUGGGCUCCGGGGCUCGGGCUGGGCGCAGCUUCAUGACUACGCGGAGCGGGACAGCGGCCACACCAUGCGAGCACAAAUUGAAGUGAUACCAUGCAAAAUUUGUGGAGAUAAAUCCUCUGGGAUCCACUACGGAGUCAUCACGUGCGAAGGCUGCAAGGGGUUCUUCAGGAGGAGCCAGCAGAAUAAUGCCUCAUACUCCUGCCCAAGGCAGAGGAACUGUUUAAUUGAUAGAACCAACAGGAACCGUUGCCAACACUGCCGACUGCAGAAGUGUCUUGCCCUGGGAAUGUCAAGAGAUGCUGUGAAGUUUGGGAGGAUGUCCAAAAAACAGAGGGACAGCCUGUAUGCUGAGGUGCAGAAACACCAGCAGCGGCUGCAGGAACAGCGGCAGCAGCAGACUGGGGAGGCUGAGGCCCUGGCCAGAGUGUACGGCAGCAGCAUCAGCAACGGCCUGAGCAACCUGAACACCGAGACCAGCAGCACGUACACCAAUGGGCAUGUCAUUGACUUGCCCAAGUCCGAGGGUUAUUACAACAUAGAUUCUGGCCAGCCAUCUCCCGAUCAGUCAGGACUGGACAUGACUGGAAUCAAACAGAUAAAGCAAGAACCUAUCUAUGACCUCACCUCCGUACCCAACUUGUUUACCUAUAGUUCUUUCAACAACGGGCAGUUAGCUCCAGGGAUAACAAUGACCGAGAUCGAUCGAAUUGCACAGAACAUCAUCAAGUCCCAUUUGGAGACAUGCCAGUACACAAUGGAAGAGCUGCACCAGCUGGCAUGGCAGACUCAUACCUAUGAGGAAAUCAAAGCGUAUCAAAGCAAGUCCAGGGAAGCACUGUGGCAGCAAUGCGCCAUCCAGAUCACACAUGCCAUCCAGUACGUGGUGGAGUUUGCCAAGCGGAUAACCGGCUUCAUGGAGCUCUGUCAGAACGAUCAAAUUCUCCUGCUGAAGUCAGGUUGCUUGGAAGUGGUUUUGGUGAGAAUGUGCCGUGCCUUCAACCCAUUAAACAACACUGUUCUGUUUGAAGGAAAAUAUGGAGGAAUGCAAAUGUUCAAAGCCUUAGGCUCUGAUGACCUAGUGAAUGAAGCUUUCGACUUUGCAAAGAACCUGUGCUCCCUGCAGCUGACUGAAGAGGAGAUCGCCUUGUUCUCCUCCGCGGUUCUGAUAUCCCCAGAUCGAGCCUGGCUGAUAGAACCAAGAAAAGUCCAGAAGCUUCAGGAAAAAAUUUAUUUUGCACUUCAACAUGUGAUUCAGAAGAAUCACCUGGAUGAUGAAACCUUGGCAAAGUUAAUAGCCAAGAUACCAACCAUCACAGCAGUUUGCAACUUGCAUGGGGAGAAGCUGCAGGUAUUUAAGCAAUCUCAUCCAGACAUAGUGAAUACACUGUUUCCUCCAUUAUACAAGGAACUCUUUAAUCCUGACUGUACCACGGUCUGCAAAUGAAGGGGACAAGAACUGUCUCACAGUCAUGGAAUGCAUCACCAUUAAGACAAAAGCAAUGUGUUCAUGAAGACUUAAGAAAAAUGUCACUACUGCAACAUUAGGAAUGUCCUGCACUUAAUAGAAUUAUUUUUCACCGCUACAGUUUGAAGAAUGUAAAUAUGCACCUGAGGGGGCUCUUUUGUUUGUUUGGUUUUGAAAUGACCAUAAUAUACAAAUAUAGGACACUGGGUGUUAUCUUUUUUUAAUUUUAUUCGGGUAUGUUUUGGAGACAACUGUUUAUAGAAUUUUAUUGUAGAUAUAUACAAGAACAGAGCGGUACUUUACAUGAUUCCUUUUCCUGUUGAUUGUUCAAAUAUAAUUUAAGAAAAUUCCACUUAAUAGGCUUACCUAUUUCUAUGUUUUUAGAUAGUUGAUGCAUGUGUAAGUUUGUAACUGUCUUGGAAAGUACUGUGCAUGUAUGUAAUGAGUAUAUAAUAUGUGAGAAUAUUAUAUAUGACUAUUACUUAUACAUGCACAUGCACUGUGGCUUAAAAUACCAUGCUCACUAGCAAUGGAGGGUCAGUUAGGCUCUUAUUUCACCUUUUGUGUUGUAUGUUACUUUUAUGUUAGACAAUCAGGGUUUUUUUUUUCAGCCAGAGUUUUCAUCUAUAGUCAAUGGCAGGAUGGUACCAAUUCAGAAAUAAGUCUAUAAAUGAACAGUACAGUGCAUAGCCUCUCUCUCUCUCUCAAGCCAUCAUUUCUAUCAAUCCUCAGAGCCUUGUCAAGGUGGCACAUACUGAGGGGCAAGAGUGUCUGGAGUGAUUUUCCUGUUUUACAAAUUGGGCUGCAAAUGAUACUGUAAGGUCCAAGGUUUUUGUUUUUUUUUGGGGGGGGCAAACAAGAGAUACUUCCUAGUUUUUCACCAAACUAUAAAGCAUUUUCCCCAAAAUCCCACCCCCACUGGAUUUGGAUUUCCAAUUGUAAACGAAACUUGACUUUGGUGCUCAUUAUAUCAUCAACCAAAAAAAAAAAAAAAUGCAGUCUGUAGAUUAUGAUUACCAGCAAUGAAUUUUCUCUUAGAAAAAAUAGACUAUAAAAGUGCAAACCAGG